AUGGCAGAGAAGACUGGCCUCGGGGUCCCCAAACCCAACGCUCGAUCCACGGCCUCUCUACCUCCUGAGCCCAUCGAGAUCAUCCGGACGAAAGCUCGCUCCAGGAGAGUCCGCAUCAACGUCGGUGGACUCAACCAUGAAGUGCUGUGGCGAACCUUGGAUAGACUCCCAAGAACCCGAUUAGGAAAGCUCAGAGACUGCAACACCCAUGAAUCUCUAAUGGAGGUCUGUGACGACUACAGUCUCAACGAAAACGAAUACUUUUUUGACAGGCACCCAGGGGCGUUCACCUCAAUUUUGAAUUUUUACCGAACUGGAAAACUGCACAUGAUGGAGGAGAUGUGCGCUCUGUCCUUUGGCCAAGAGCUUGAUUACUGGGGCAUUGAUGAGAUCUAUUUGGAGUCCUGCUGCCAGGCACGGUACCACCAGAAGAAGGAACAGAUGAAUGAGGAGCUGAGAAGGGAGGCAGAGACACUGAGAGAGAGGGAAGGGGAGGGGGAGUUUGAUAACACCUGCUGCCCAGACAAGAGGAAGAAGCUAUGGGACCUCUUGGAGAAGCCCAGCUCUUCAGUGGCUGCCAAGAUCUUGGCCAUCAUAUCCAUCCUGUUCAUUAUACUUUCCACUGUUGCAUUGUCUCUGAACACCCUGCCUGAACUUCAAGUGAUUGAUGAAUUUGGGCAAGCUAAUGAUAAUCCUCAACUUGCACACGUUGAGGCUGUAUGCAUUGCGUGGUUCACAAUGGAGUACCUCUUACGCUUCCUGUCAUCACCCAACAAGUGGAAAUUCUUCAAAGGGCCACUGAAUGUCAUUGACUUGUUAGCUAUUCUACCAUAUUAUGUGACUAUUUUCCUGACUGAAUCAAACAAAAGCGUGUUGCAGUUUCAGAAUGUGAGAAGGGUGGUGCAGAUAUUCCGUAUCAUGAGAAUACUGAGGAUUCUAAAACUGGCCAGACAUUCAACUGGACUGCAGUCACUUGGGUUCACCCUCAGGCGCAGUUACAAUGAGCUUGGCUUGCUAAUAUUAUUCUUAGCCAUGGGAAUUAUGAUAUUCUCAAGUCUCGUGUUCUUUGCAGAAAAGGAUGAGGAUGCCACUAAAUUUACUAGCAUCCCAGCUUCAUUCUGGUGGGCAACAAUUACCAUGACAACAGUUGGCUAUGGAGACAUUUAUCCACAGACUCUGCUGGGCAAAAUAGUUGGAGGACUAUGUUGUAUUGCUGGUGUACUGGUUAUUGCCUUACCCAUUCCCAUUAUUGUAAACAACUUCUCAGAGUUCUACAAAGAGCAGAAACGACAGGAGAAAGCCAUCAAGAGAAGAGAAGCCUUAGAAAGAGCAAAGAGGAAUGGCAGUAUCGUUUCUAUGAAUCUGAAAGACGCCUUUGCUCGAAGUAUGGAGCUAAUGGAUGUGGUAGUGGACAAGGGUGAAGAUAAGCGUUCACUAGAUAACCACCUCUCACCAAGCAGGUGGGGCAUCCCAAAGCGCACAUCUUCUCAAACCAGCCUAAGGUCCAAUGAAAAUAAAUAUCAAGAAAGUGUUACACUUGGCUCUCAAGGGUGCAUCAAAAGUUCAAGUCCACAACAUCUGAAUGUACAGAAAUUAGAGGAGAUGUAUAAUCAGAUGACAAAAACAAAGUCCUUCUCAGAUCUCAACACAACAGCAUCAGCGCUGCAGUCCGUACCAGUGUCGACACAAGAAGUAGAGUUGGAAUUGAAGGUGGUCACUUCUGCACCUGAUUGUCAAAUAAAGGAGAGACCUAUCAUUGACAUAAGAAGCAUAUCAAGUGUUGACAGUUUUACAAGCUGCACUGGUGAAAUCAGUGAUGGUGACAAGACAAACGUCGCUCUAGAGGGGAAAGCACACCUAAGACAUGCAAAAGCACCUUCCUCACUUGGCUUCAGUCCUCCAACAGCUUCUGAGACAAAUACAACUGAUAGAACAGACAGCACAGAGGGGGACAUCCCUAAGCAUAGUCUGAAAGACUCAGAUCUUGUCAACUCGGAGAGUGGUCAGUUCUCAAACGCGGAAGAAACCGACAAUUUUGACCAAACUGUGGAAAAUAUCAGAAGUUCCAUUAGAGAUGCAAAUCCUGUGAAAACAAAGAGUCUCAAAGUCAACUUCACAGAAAUUCCAGAGGAAGCACCUCUGACGCCACCCAACACGUCCUCCCCUCAGGACAUAAGCAGUAGUCUGCUGGAGGAAGAAGAAGAAGAGUGCUCCCCGCUCUGCUCAGAUACAGAACCGGUUAAAGUCCCUGGAGAGAUAUUACUGCAGUCCCCAAAGAGACUGGUCAGCGAUUUCCAUCCAGGAGAAACUGCCCCACUCUUGGAGGAUCAGGUAGACCAGGAAGAGCAGGGCUCAGUCACAGAGAAUGAGGAGAGGAAUCUCAUGGGGGAGGCUGGUGCUGCCAAUGACAUCCCCUCAACCAAACCCACUGUGCAGAACUGCACUCAAGGUGUAGUCUGCGAUAGUGGAGAAGAAAAGCCAGACAGCAACCAAAGUGGACACAAAGUGGAGAACCACAUGUUUACACCAGAGAUCCACCUUAUGCCAGGAGAUGGCAAUAUUUCACCGACUUGCGAAACCAGCAUGUGA